AUGGCUAACAGCAGCGCUGACAAGAAGGUGGAGGAAACGCUGAAGGGGGCAGACAUCAAGCUGCUCCUGAUUGAUUUUGACGGCACGCUCUUCGUGGACAAGGAUAUUAAGGUGCCCAGCGAAAACAUCGAAGCGAUAAAGGAAGCAAUCGAAAAGGGGUACAUGGUAAGCAUAUGUACAGGUAGAUCCAAGGUAGGAAUAUUAAGUGCAUUCGGUGAAGAAAAUUUAAAAAAAAUGAACUUUUAUGGUAUGCCUGGAGUUUAUAUAAACGGAACGAUAGUUUAUGACCAGAUUGGCUACACGCUACUGGACGAAACGAUAGAGACUGAUGUAUAUGCAGAGUUAAUUAGCUAUCUAGUGGAAAAUAAUUUAGUUAACCAAACCAUUUUCCACCGAGGAGAGUCAAAUUAUGUAACGGAGGAUAAUAAAUAUUCUGACUUUUUACAAAAAAUGUACAGCGAAAAUAGAAGCAUCAUAAUAAGGCACAAUGAAAUGCUCAAGUAUCGAACCAUGAACAAAUUAAUGAUCGUGUUGGAUCCGUCAGAAUCUAAGACAGUGAUUGGGAACCUCAAACAGAAGUUUAAAAAUAAGUUAACCAUUUUUACGACCUAUAAUGGACACGCUGAAGUCACUAAAUUAGGUCAUGAUAAAUACACGGGAAUUAAUUACCUUUUAAAACACUACAAUAUUUCUAACGACCAAGUGUUAGUUGUAGGGGAUGCUGAAAACGAUAUCGCUAUGCUUUCCAAUUUUAAGUACUCCUUUGCCGUUGCCAAUGCGACUAAUUCGGCCAAAUCACAUGCCAAGUGUGUACUCCCCCUUUCGCACAAGGAGGGUGCCGUGGCCUAUUUGCUCAAGAAGGUGUUCGCGUUGAAGAACUGA